AUGGGUGAUGUCACGCCAGCAGUGACCGGUGCACACCUACAGAACACACUUGUUACGGCUCUGUCUCAAGGACAAGUUGUCGCCAAGCGAUUGGAAGAUCAGCAAAAGCAACUGGAGGAUCAGCAGGAGCACAUCGAGAAACUGUUCACAGAGCUCGCAUCCAAGCAAGCAGAAAUUGACGUGUUGAAGCGGGAACUGCGGACUGUCCAGACCAAGGAACGGAAAUGGCGACUGCAAAAUCCACAUAUUUCCUCGCCCGUGAUCCUCUCGGAUGAGAUCGAGCAUACACCGCGUCCGGCCACACCAGUUUCGCCCGCACGUCAGUCUUCGCCAACUCCGCAUGUCCAGGUCGAGUCGUCACCGCCGCCUAGGAAGCGGCAGCGCACUCGCGAAUCUACACCAUUACGAGAAGUGCAAAGCACAGAGGUUGCUCCACUGCGAGAGGUUCACAACACCAAAUCUGCUCUGACUCGUGUUGGAAAGGCUAUUGCGGCCAUUCCUUCUCUGACGGAAGAUGGCGAGCACACGACACCUAAGCUGAAAAGCACGAAGUCGCCUACCAAUGCGUCAGCGGCCAGCAAAGACGCUCAUUCACGACUCGGCGGGCUCCUUGCUGCGCCCGCACCAACAACCAACGCACUUCAAUCAAGACGGCCAACAACAGGCCUACCAACAACAAGAGCAAUACCGGCAAUGCGCAAAAGCUCAAGUGAUGUCAGUGAGCAGGCUCAGGGUGCGAAGAGGUCGAGGUUCAAGGCGCCAAAACCACAGGAUGGCAAGGUGUCACUGAGGGAGAGACCGGUGGGGGAGUUGUCGAUAUCGGAUUUCAAGCUGAAUCCGGAGUACGUGGAGGAAUGGGAUAGACCUGGUGGACAAAGACGUAAACCACUAGGUGCAAUAUUGGGAGACGAGCUGUCAGAUGAUGACCUACUGCGAGAGGUUCUUGGACAAGGUGCGGAUGAGAGGAUAGCUGCAAUGACAGAAGCUGCCAGGAUCAAUUUGAUACAUGACGCUAGACUGAGGAAGAUAGCAGAAGGAUUCGCGCACUCAAAGCAGCAGGGAGUUGAGACUGGAGCACCGUUGCAGCCAAACUACUGGAGCACGGAAUUUCCGCCCUCUCAGGAGGACCAGAAGAGUAGAGCUGCUGUGGCAGUGAAGGUGCGGGAGGAGGUAGUUCGGAGAUAUCAGGAGGCUCUCCGAGGCAAUGGUCGCUGGCACUUUCGCGACGAGGUGAAUUGA